CAAUAAAGCAACUAAGCUGAGAGAGAGAGAGAGAGAGAGAGGAGAGAGAGAGGCUAUAGAACCUGAUCGAAUUCAUAUACAUCCUCUCCAGUGUUCGUCUUUGCCGCUGCUGCUUUGUCUCUCUGUUCACACUUCGGUUCUCUGUUUUCUGAGGAAUUUGUAGUAUUUAUGUGAUGGAAUUGAAGGGAAGUUGGUGUUGGUCUGUGUUAGUAAUUGUAAUUAUAGGCUUGUGUUCUUCGUUGGUCUAUGCCGGUGACAUAGUCCACCAGGACGAUAUUGCUCCGAAGAGACCUGGUUGUGAGAACAACUUUGUUCUGGUAAAAAUCCCUAUUUGGAUCAAUGGUGAAGAAGUAAUGGAGUUUGUUGGUGUUGGUGCUCGAUUUGGCCCCACCUUAGAAUCGAAGGAGAAGCGUGCCAACCAAACUAGAGUGGCCGUCGCAGACCCUCCUGAUUGUUGUACGAAUCCAAAGAAUAAGCUUACUGGGGAGGUCAUCCUGGUGUACCGGGGUAACUGCAGUUUCACAGUCAAGGCUAAUGUUGCAGAGGCUGCUGGUGCUUCCGCAAUCCUUGUUAUCAAUAACCAAACUGAACUUUUCAAGAUGGUUUGUGAACCCAAUGAAACCGACAUUUCUAUUGGUAUACCUGCGGUCAUGCUCCCACAAGAUGCUGGUGCAAGCUUACAAGAAAGAAUAAAGAACAACUCUGCUGUUUCUGUACAGCUGUACUCUCCACAGCGCCCAUUGGUUGACGUUGCUGAAGUAUUUUUAUGGCUUAUGGCUGUUGGUACUAUCCUAUGUGCAUCUUAUUGGUCUGCAUGGAGUGCCAGAGAAGCAGUUAUUGAGCAGGACAAGCUUUUGAAGGACGCAUCAGAUGAAUAUCUUGGCUCAGAGGCCACUCCCUCUAGCGGUGUGGUAGAUAUCAACACAAUGUCAGCGGUUUUGUUUGUUGUGAUCGCGUCCUUGUUUUUGAUCAUGCUUUACAAAUUAAUGUCAGAGUGGUUUAUUGAGGUUUUGGUGGUGCUGUUUGGAAUUGGCGGCAUAGAGGGUCUGCAAACGUGUUUGGUUGCUUUGUUAUCAUGUUUCAGAUGGUUUGAACAUGCUGGAGAAUCGUUUGUCAAACUACCCUUCUUGGGAGCUGUCUCAUACCUGACUCUGGCUGUUUCUCCAUUCUGCAUUGCAUUUGCUGUUUUGUGGGCAGUUUUCCGUCGUGUGUCCUUUGCUUGGAUAGGUCAAGAUAUCCUUGGUAUUGCAUUGAUAAUCACAGUUCUGCAGAUUGUAAGAGUUCCUAAUCUCAAGGUUGGAACCAUUCUUCUCAGUUGUGCAAUCGUGUAUGACAUUUUCUGGGUGUUUGUUUCCAAGUGGUGGUUUCAUAAGAGUGUGAUGAUAGUGGUAGCUCGCGGUGAUAGAAGUGGAGAAGAUGGCAUUCCAAUGCUGUUGAAAAUCCCGCGGUUGUUUGAUCCAUGGGGUGGCUAUAGCAUCAUCGGAUUUGGUGACAUUAUAUUACCAGGAUUGCUGGUAGCAUUUUCUUUAAGGUAUGAUUGGCUUUCCAAGAAGAAUCUUCGAGCUGGAUACUUUUUGUGGGCAAUGAUUGCUUAUGGCUUAGGUCUUCUCAUCACGUAUGUAGCUCUGAACUUGAUGGAUGGACAUGGCCAACCGGCUUUGCUUUACAUUGUUCCUUUCACUCUAGGCACUUUUUUGGCAUUGGGAAAGAAGAGAGGUGAACUGAAGAACCUGUGGACAAGAGGAGAACCAGAGAGGCCUUGCAUGCACAUCCGACUCCAUCCUCAACCCACUCAAUAAAUCAAACCAUGCAAAAAUAGUAUUCAUAGGUCACUCCGGUAGGCUAUCCUGCUUAGGUUAGUCACUCUGGUAGGCUACCCUGCUUAGGUUAGACUAGUGUUUGGAAUGUAGUGAUGUAAUUUAUGAAGUAAAACUCACUUUCUAUUGCUAAUAGAAGAAUUAUCAAGUUCGUGUAUGUACGGCGAGUAAUGACAUGUCUAUCAAAUGUUUUACGAAAGUUUGCUUAGGUGGUUGGAUUAGUGGGAAAGCUCUAGAGAAGAAAAAAAAAUAGAUGGAACCCACUUAUCCAACAGCAAUAUUCACCAAGGUAAAUAAGAUUGGACAAAAAACUUGGCAAGAGUAACAUGUUGAUGUACUAUAG